UCUCACCCAUGUGACACCCAGCCCAUGUCCCUGCUGCCUGUGCCCAGGUUUGGGCCGCCACUGGUGCUGCGGGAGGAGCGCGGCGUCUCCUGGGAGCAGCUGCAGCAGAACAUCCUGGCCCAGUUGAGGGGGGUCCUGCGGGGAGAGGUCCGGCCACAGGGCACAGGAGCCCUUUUCCGGAUCCGCCUGGCCGGGGGCUCGGCCCCCUGCACCUACCUGUCCCCUCAGGAUCCCCAUCCUCUCUGCCACCCUGCCAUCGACAGGGCCCUGCAGCUGUGCGGGGCCGGGGGCCCUCCCCACGUGAGGCUGACGGUGGAGUGGGACAUGAGCACCAAAGAGCGGCUGUUUGGGAGCAUCCAGGAGGAGGUGGUGCAGGAUGCAGAGAGCGUGAGGCGGCAGCAGCAGGCGCACGGGCAGCAGCACAGCUGCACCCUGGAUGAAUGCUUCCAGCUCUACACCAAGGAGGAGCAGGUACGGGCAUCUCUGGCAAGCCCAUGCCCUGCCCACCCUGGCACAGGGGCUGCAGUGCUGGGGGUGGCUGNUGCACGUGUGAAGUGA